AUUUUAUGUACUUUACAAUUACCGUUUAAUUUAGUAGCAUCCCAAAUUUCCCAAUUAUGACAAUGAAACUGAAGUUGAUUAUUUUAAAGACAAGUUAUAACUUUAUUACCAAUAAUUGUCAGGAUCUUACAUGCUACUUGAGAUCAACAAGUUUCUAUGCUUUCUUGUAUCUAUUCCGUACUUGUCAGCGAACGAGUUUGAAUUGGCUAAUCAAGUAAUUUAUCAGCAAAAAAUUCCUUAAAAAAUUGGUAAUCGGAAAAUCUUAUGAGCUGCUUCUUACUUACCAUAUCCAAUUCAUAAUGUGUGCAUGUCACUACUUUGUGAGACAUUCUUUACCAGUUCAGCAGAUCUUACUAAUGUAAAAUCUAUAUAUUUACCAUCGUUCAACUAAUCAGAAUCACUUUUAAACCAAUUAACUAGUUUAGAAAAACUAUUAUGAAUAUGAAGACACAAUGUUACAUUGGUUGAAAAGAUACAAGUGUAGCAAUUGAGAUGCCUGGGGGAAGGCGAAACCCGGGAGGACGUUCCAACAAUAGUAGUCGAUCCCAGCUCAACUCAAGUGGUGGAUCUUAUGGAGGAAACGGGGGUCCAAAUAGUCUUGGUGGAAUAGACGAUAAAAAAAUCAAUGAAAAUUGGAGUAGUCGACCUCUUGCGCCCAAACACGUACCUAUCCCUGUAGUUCCUGUGGAUGGACAAUUGUCUUUCGAAGCUUUAUCGUUGGGUAUUUCUACCGUAGCAGUUGGCCUUCAAUUACUUAAUUUGUAUCGCACUGUAUGGUGGCUACCACAAUCUUACAAUGAAUAUACCAUGAACUUCUAUUUGAUAGAUCCGUACUUACUAGUUUUCAUUGGCACAAUGUUAGUACGCCGACUGGUUUAUGCACUGCUGCGGAAGCUAGUUGAUGCCACAGCACCAACACGUUGGUUACCUACUGCUCAAAGAGUAAUGAGGGUAUGUCUCCUGUUAGUCGUGAUAAGUGUUCUUUGCUGGUGUCUCUACUACAUGAGCGAAAAUCACAAUUCCAUGAAAGUCUUUUACCUCUGUUAUCCGAGCAUAUCAAUAUACUUUCUGAUGUUUGGCGUAAGUAUCGGGCCAUUUUUCGACAUUUCUACAGCCCCUUUGUACAUCAAGGAGGAUCGUAAAACAAAGUUUGUACUCGAUAAGCCUUUGCAUAAUUGUUCGCUGAGUGCAUCUGCCAUCAGAGCCGAAGUAUUGAGCUUAAGGUCAGACUUCAAUAGGCGUUUGAAAAGAGCAUUAUUUGCAUCUUCUGGUACUGCCUAUGUGUGUGGGAUUGCACCUAUCAUAUUCGUUCCUCCACACCUGCACUUCAAUGUUUCUUGGGUAGUUCAACAUAUUGUACUCUUCUGGCUGGGAAGGCUGAGUGCACACUUUGCUCAGGCAUAUCCCGUAAGGUACUGUGAUGUGCUACAUAGAGCUGCACUUCAUCUUGGGAGAUGGACUAAAGUUGAGGGUCGCAAUAACCAUAUACCAACACAAUUGUGGAAUGAUGCAGUCUUGUGGCCACACGGUUCGCUUGUGAAGCAUAAUAAAGAAUUAUACCGGUCAGAUGGUCUUUGUACUGCUGCCGAACCAGGAAAUUCUAGUCACUACAGGUUUCACGCAUUGUUCAGCAAUCCAACGAUGCUGAUUUGCUCUUUACUCGGCCUACAAUUGUCAUUGGUUGUAGUACAAUUACUAGUUCUUUUGCGCACUAUUGAAUGGUAUCAAGUUCUUUCAAUGACGUUAUUGUUGGUAACGAAUUAUUACACGUUAUUUAAAUUGGCACGGGACUAUCUGGUAUGCUGGAAAGUUUACCGGGCUGAGCAACUAGUUCAAGAAAAAACUCAAGCUGCCAUAAACAACAUUGCUCAAUAGACUGUCACUACGUAAUUUAAGUUUAUGUGAUCUUUUGAUACUGUGCAUGAAUUAUAUUUAGUUAACUUAUUAGACGUUUCGACGAUAAAUAAUAAAAUGAUUUCGCAAAAAACACUCCGUUCAUACCUUACUACCUUUAUCCUAAUAUAACUCCAUAACACUAUGUGUUUAUAUGUAUAAAUCAAAUUCGAAUUUAUUCACCAGCCAUAUAACGUGUAUAGCACUGAGUAACCAUGUCAUGGUUUCCGCUGCAAUCAAGAAUUAGAAUUUCAGGAGUUUCUGGAGAAAAUAAUAAAAAAAUUCAAGGACCUCAAUUUCUCUUAAUUAUGAAUUUUUAAGAAUAAGAUAAGUUGAUUAGGUGUUAAAUUAAAAAAUUUCUAUAGCAGUUUACGUACAGAGUGAGUUGCAAUCGACUG